CCGGCCGUGGAGCUCGCAGGAGGCUGCAGAUUGGACGGCGCCGCGGUUGCCGCGGUGAUGGGACCUGCGGCGGCCAAGAGCUCCGGAGAGUGGCUUCCCCGGCGGCGUGAUGGGCUGCGGGAACUCCACGGCCACCAGCGCGGGCGCGGGCCGAGGUCCUGCAGGAGCAGCUAAAGAUGUAACAGAAGACUCGAUAACAGAAGAUGAUAAGAGGAGAAACUAUGGAGGAGUGUAUGUUGGUUUACCAUCUGAAGCUGUCAAUAUGGUGUCCAGUCAAGGAAAGACUGUACGAAAAAAUUAGGGGAAGAUGGCACCAUAGCUCAGCACUUAAGAGCUUGCUCAUCAAUUUGGAAAGAUUUUGACUCCGGGGACAUUGUAAUGCACACAGAUCUAUUCAAAGAAGUUCUAAAAGGUUGUCUCCUGCUUUGCCACCUCCCCCAAAUCUUGCAUGUGUGGGGUAAAGUUGUGGGUACAAAUUGAAUGCUGUGGUCAUGGGUGGAAAUUGGUUAAAUAAUGUGACAGAUCAGUUAAGGCUGGUGCCCAGCCUGGGCCACCCAGCUCCUAGCGUUUCCCACCCUGGCCACUCAACACAGUUCAUAGAAAUCAUGUCUUUUCACUGAUACUUUUUUGAUAGUUUUUAUAUAACAAAAAUCUUACUGUAUUUAUAACAAAAUGAUAGAGCAGUAUAAAUGAAUUGCUUAAAGUAAUAUAUUGGCUCUUCUCUUUCGCUGUUUCUAUAUUAUUAAUUUUUAGCUAUAAAUUUGGUAAAUGGGAUCUUACAACUAUCUUUCCCUUUAUAAAUAUUUGGCUUAAAAUUUUAUUUAAAUAUCAGAGAAUUCCAUUUAUUAGAGACAGUAUAUCAUAUUGCAGUAUUUUAAAAUAAACUGGUUAAGUUUGCAUGCCAUGCACAAUAUUGAUUAAAUUCCUAUUUUCUUUAGUCUAAAGCUUAUAUAACAAAUACUCCCUAGUCACUGAGUCUCUCCUCUCCACAUUGUGUAAUCACAGAAUCUUACCAUUGUUAAGUCUGUAUUGUCUCAAAGGAUUUAUGGUUGGUGUUUAGUGAGAUAUCUGGGACAUUCUUAAUUCGCUAAUGACAUGUAAACCCACUUAUUACUGCAAUGUAAAUCACUCAGUUUAUCAGUCUGUUUCAACGAUUAAACAUUUUUAU